UGCGUCCUAUCUGUCCUAUCCUAACCUUAUUGACAACUUAAUUGAAAAAUUGGCCAAUGAAAACAAUACUACGUGUCAAUAAGAAAAAUGACGUUUUAUAGUAAAAACCAAUUUUAUUUAAAAACUUUUAUUAAAGCGAAUCUUCGACUUUGUCAAUGUACUUGUGUUCCGUAAAAACUAGAAGAUGAUUGUAAAACUUGGACUUAUUUCUGCUGCUUUAAUAUAUGUUUAUGUAAAUUGUCAAACAGUCGUACAAGAUGCAAACCUAGACAAUAAGGAAGUUCGUUGUUUAGUAUGUAGUGCCAGCAUAAAAGAACUUACUUUAGCUGUGAAAUCGACUGAUAAAUCACAAACGGUAAAGAUAGGGGGACAUCGAUUAGAUCCUCAAGGAAAUUACAACGCUCCUAAAACUAUACCUCUGUCUCAAUCUGAAAUAUAUUUAUCAGAAUUAAUAGAUUCGAUUUGCAAUAAAAUGGAAGACUAUGCAAGGGGUAUAUGGAAGUCAAAUGGAACAUUGACAAUAUUGAAAAUGGUGGUGGAUGGAAAGAUGAAUCCGCAUAUGGAUGAUAUAGAUUUUGUUCAAGAUGAAGAUCUAAAUAAAAGCUUGAAGUAUUAUUGUGAAUCUGUUAUGGAAGAAUAUGAAGAAGAUAUUAUAAAACAUUAUCAAAAUGGAGAGAAUUUAGAUGAAAAAUAUUGUACUGAGAAUUCAAAUAUAUGCCUACCACAUAAACCAGAUAUACUUAAAAAUGAACUGUGAUACUCUAAUAUUUAUAACUAUUUUUUAAGGCUUAAAUUAAAACACUUAAGGAUA